AUGCAACUGUUAGUUUUGGUAAUAGUGAGUUACAAAGCUAUAAAAUUACUUAUUUGUUUGGUAAUAGUGAGUUGCAAAGUUAGACAUUUCUAUUACAGAGAGGAAUUUAGUUUGCUUUAUCUGUUUGCGCAGGAACAAUUGCAAGCUGAAAUUGGGAAGACUCCUUCUCCAAAUGAAGCAUUUGUUAAUGUGUUUGGAAAAGAACAUCUCAGAUAUGUUUGUUGUAUGGGACUUGGAAUAACACCGUCACAAAUUACUACAUCUACUUCUCACUCUGUAAGAUCAAUGUCUUCCUCUGAAGCUAAUGAAAAGAUGGAGAAAAUGCAAGCUGAAAUUGAUAGGCUUAAGAAAAGGGAUUCUGAAGUUGAUAUGUUGAAGGAGAAAAUUGCUUUCUUGUUGCAAAUGCAAAAUUCUAGAGACAAACAGGAAAUGGACAUAGAAUCGCCAAUAGAUGGUAGACGUUUAUCUGAGUCCAGCCACCAACCUGAUGAUCGUGGAACAACAUCAUUAGGGACUAAUUAGAUAUUUGGAUGAACUUCUAAGUUUGAUGGAUUUGUUU